UUUGACAAACAAAGAACUUGAAAUCUUAACAAUUCCAACACUGUUUCUUUGAAAGAAAAUUACUUAAUUAGUUGCUAAAUAUUUUUUUGAAUGAAAAUUGUAUGAGUUGAUCCGCGCGAGGAUGGUGCCAGUUCUCCCAGCAAUUAUAAAUAAAGAUACAAUUAAACAAAGAAAAAAACUGUCCAGUGUUUGACGGAACAAACUAUUGGUACGCAAGGAAGGUCAAAAGGAGGAGGAACAUUUUAAUGAAGUCGUGUAUAUAGUAGGGCUACACAAAUAUCUAAGAAAUACCAGCGGCUAUUGAUAUCUUUGGAAUCAAAGUAGUUGCCUGAAAGACCAAUACAUCAAUUGAUUUUUUCGAAUCAAUACGAUACGCCUAACCUUUAAUGAUCAUUAUCUACACUGCCAUAAAUAUAUAGUUAGAUUACGUUAAUGUAAAAACGUAGGAACAAAUUGCAAAACAGAAAACUUGAACCAUUUUGUUUGUAAUCGCGUCGAACGGAGGAAGCAGUUCUUGAAGAUGUCCAACAAUCAUUACCACAACCACAACUCGUAUAAUAUGGGUAGUUCCAGUAAUGGAACUAGUCAGCAUCAUUAUACUAAUGGCGAGGGCAAAAACCAAUAUAACAACCACCACAAUCAAGGAGUGGUUCGUUUGACAAAUGGCUAUAGUUUAAAGCCAUUACAAAGUGUGGCUGUACCAGAUAUGUGUUUAUUUUGUUUCGAAGUACUAGACUGUGAGCUGAAUAACGUCGAGGGACCAGGAACACCACCUUUUACGAAUGAUGCGUAUCCUUUAUUUGUAACAUGGAAGACGGGGCGAGAUAAACGACUUCGUGGUUGUAUUGGCACUUUUAGUGCAAUGCACCUUCACUCAGGAUUGCGAGAGUAUGCACUUACGAGUGCAUUAAAAGAUUCCCGAUUUGCUCCGAUCUCACGCGACGAACUUCCUAAGCUAACCGUUUCAGUUUCAAUUUUGCAAAAUUUUGAAGAAGCAAACGGCCAUUUGGAUUGGUCUUUGGGAGUACAUGGCAUUAGAAUCGAAUUCAUCAAUGAACGUGGGUGUAAACGAACUGCUACGUACCUUCCACAAGUAGCAACAGAACAAGGAUGGGAUCAAAUUCAAACUAUUGAUUCUCUCUUAAGAAAAGGUGGCUAUCGGGCUGCAAUCACUCCAGAGACUCGUAAGUCUAUUAAGUUAACCCGCUAUCGCUCUCAGGAAAUUCAAAUGAAUUACAAGGAGUACCGUGAUGUAUUGGACCGCCGCGGACAAUAUUGCAAAGUGCAAUGCUAACAACAACCAAUAUAUGAUAUGUUGCAAUAAGUCAAGUGGAUACAAAUCGUAUAAACAUAGUUCGAUUUCAAUAUAAUUUCUCUCGCUUAAGAAAUGGAAACAAAACAAUAUUAAAACUUAUUACUAAUUUAGAUAUACGUAUAUAUAGAUAUGUAUUAGAUAGCCUCGUAAAAAAUGCUCUGAAAAUAGUAGAAUUUACAGGUUUUCAAUCGCUCAAAAAGUUUUGCCUAAAUUCCCAAUGAAUUUGUUCAGAGUUUGCGAUUUUAUUAAGAACUUUCAAUGGUUAAAUUAAGCAUUAAAGCCAUGUCAAUCCUUAUUUCAAUAGAAAAACAAAAACAUCCCCAUGUUUUUACUCAAAUCGAGAGAGUCUAAUAAAUAUUACAUAU